AUGCCACUGUCAACGCCACAGCCAGGUGAAACAAUCCUCCUGAUGGAACAUUUGGAGAAAACACCAGUCAACAGCAAUCAGAUAAGAGAGUGGACCAAACGAGAUCCAGUUAUGUCAAAAGUCCUUCGUUUCACAAUGCAAGGUUGGCCAGAGUCCUAUGAUUCCACAACAUUUAAAUCUUACCACAACAAAAAGUUUGAGUUAAGUGUGGAGGAUGGCUGUUUGCUCUGGGGUACGAGAGUUAUUAUUCCACCCCCAGGGCGAUCAAAGAUCUUAACGGAGCUGCAUGAAGCACAUCCAGGGGUUUCCCGCAUGAAAGCCCUCACAAGAAGCUAUGUGUGGUGGCCUACUCUUGAUGAAGAUAUUGAGAGGGAAGUGAAGAAUUGCAAUCAGUGUCAACUGCAUCAUACAACUCCAGCUGCUGCACCACUUCAUCCAUGGGAGUGGCCAGGACAUCCCUGGACACGGCUUCAUAUUGAUUAUGCAGGACCAUUCAAAGGUGAAAUGUUUCUGGUAGUGGUUGAUGCAUAUUCUAAGUGGCUAGAAGUUCACCAGAUGACAUUCACUACGUCUACAGCAACCAUUGAGAAACUACGCGAGAUUUUUGCCACACAUGGGCUACCGACAACAGUUGUCAGUGACAAUGGAACAAAUUUCACGAGCAAUGAAUUUGAAGAAUUUAUGAAGCGAAAUGGUAUUAAACACAUUAAAGUUUCACCAUACCACCCAGCAUCAAAUGGGCAAGCAGAGCGUGCAGUGAGAAUUUUUAAAGAGGGCAUUGAGAAGAUGAAGGAAGGAAGUAUGAGAACAAAAUUAUCGCGAUUCCUUCUGAAAUACCGUAUUACACCCCAUACGACAACGGGUGUGCCGCCAGCGGAGCUGUUGAUGGGCAGACACCUGCGUACUCAGUUGGAUCUGAUACAGCCAAACCUUGGAGAUCGGGUGAGGGAAAAACAAUCACAGCAAAAGGCAGUACAUGACUAUCAUGCUAGAGAACGGAUUAUCAAAACCGGGAACCUAGUAUAUGCGAAAGAUUUCAGGAAACCUAAAAGUUGGAUGCCCGAGACGGCAGUGAAGAAGACAGGACCAGUGUCGGCAGAAGUACAGCUUGAUAAUUAUUCGGCGUCACCAAGAUCAUCUCCGCAUUCGCACUGA